AUGGCUGCAGCGUCACAUUUAGGAAUUAAGGCAUUGCCUACCUACUUCUUUACCUUUGGCGAUUCGUACAGCAUGACUAGCUUCGAUGUGUACGGCGAACAAGCAACGCCUCAAGACCCGAUGGGGAAUCCGGCACUGGGCACGGGUACAACAGGAGGGGGUAUCAACUGGAUAGGCGACCUAACGACAGCAGAUAACGACUCACUCGUCUUGAGUUACAACCUCGCAGUAGGAGGAGCAACAAUUGACAAUGACAUUAUCGAUGCUGGAGUGGAAGACAUGGCGACACAAGUUCAGACAUUUCUAUCAGUAUACGGUGAUAAACCUGCGAUAGCGCCAUGGGGCUCUGAAAACACCGUCUUCGGUUUUUGGAUUGGAAUCAACGACGUCGGCUGGGCAUAUGCUAGUGAGAACGCCAGUGUUCUCGUACCAGAGCUCAUGGCCGAGUACAAAUUGCUUGUGGAGCAAAUUUAUGCGAAGGGAGGGCGGAAAUUCCUCUUUUUGAAUGUCCCGCCGACUAGCCGCAGUCCGUAUAUUUUGGAUCAAGGGUUAGAGGCGUCACAAGAGCACGCGGCGUGGCUCUCGGUUUUUAAUGAGCAUCUCAAGCUGAUGGUGUUGGGAUUUCAAGAUGAUCAUCCAGAGAUCCAAACCGUCAUUUACAAUUCUUGGAAUUUUAUGACUGGCGUUUUGGAUGAUCCACAUAAAUACGGAUACCCGAAUAAUACAUGCAUUGAUGAUGAUGGAACAAGCUGUAUCUGGUGGAAUGAUUAUCAUCCUGGAUUGAAGUAUCACGCGUUGCAGGCUAGGGAUAUGAAGAAAUACCUCUCUCCGUUUAGAGCGUGGUAG